AUGUACGGUCAACUCACCACCUCCUGUGCCCUGCACAGCCAAAAUCUGUCGCAAAUAACCAACUGUAGUAACUAUUACAUCUACAGCCACCCAGGAAGCGGCACGCAAACCCCGAUCCCACUCGACUUGACAAACCACAUCCCCAUGUGGUUAUCAGCCCAGAACCAGGCGCAGCAGAAUACUCAUACUAACCCUACAUCAUCAAAGCCAGUGGACCUCGCCUCCAACCGAUCCACCUCCGACCGCGACGUCCUGCGCGCCUGGAUUGCCAAAUUCGACCAGGCGCUUCAGCAAAUUGGCUCGUCGGUCCAGGGGCUGAACGUUCAGUUGAACGGCGGCGACGGCGCGGGAACGGAGAUGGAUACUGAUAUGGAUUUGGCCGAUGCCCUCCCUGAGAUGAUGGAGUGGCUUGACAUCAAUGCUGUUGAUGUUGAUAUUGAGAUACCGGAUGCGGCGCCUGAGUGGGAUCUUGAUGGGGAUGCGGCGAUGACUGACUCGGGGUCGGAUUCGGAUGUUGAGGAGAUGGAGAUAGAUUUGGAUUAG